AGUUGCGAUUGGUAGAGCUAUCUACAAUCGUAACUACUCGGCAAUUUCCGCUAUUAGAUUCACUAGCUGAUCGUAAAUAAACGGAGACAGCCGAGUAGUUCUUGUAUGUUAGUGGAAAACCCGUUAAUUCAUUUGUCCAUCAUCCUGAAAACCAUUGGUAUCAUUGUUAUGACAUUAUUGAUAUGCAAUUUGGAGUAGCAAUGAAAAGUCUUUAGAAGUAAACAGGGUGUUCAAAUACAAAAAGGAAUAUGGCUGAAAAAAAUCCACAGAGUCAAACAGAUGAUCAAAAAUCUGGUAAAAAAACCACAGAAAUACCUUGGUGCUCUCCAAAUCUGCUAGUAGCAGCCAUUGACUUUGGAACCACAUACUCAGGUUAUGCAUUUUCAUCACGAGCUGAUUUUGAUGAUGAUCCACUAAGAAUUACAGCUCACAAAUGGAGCUCAGGUUUAAUAUCGGAAAAAAAUCCAACAAGCAUUUUGUUCGAUAAUAAUCAGAAACUUGUUGCAUUUGGAUAUGAGGCAGAAAAGCAGUUUACAGAGUUAUCAAAUGACAACAGACAUGAGGAUUUCUACUAUUUCCAAAGAUUCAAAAUGCAACUUUAUCAUCAUAAUAAAGAUGCCAAAAAUAAGCAACUACCCAUAAACAGCAAGUCAAUGCUAAGUGACAUUAGUGGAAAAAAAAUGCUUGCCAUGGAUGUGUUCUCUGCAGCUAUAAAAUACAUGAAGGAGCAUCUUCUGCAUAAACUAAGUGAAACAGGAGAUACAGAAACAAAGAAAGAGGAAAUUCGUUGGGUACUGACAGUUCCUGCAAUUUGGAAUGACACUGCAAAGUCUUUCAUGAGAGAAUCUGCCAUAAAGGCAGGUAUAAGAGGUGAUUGUUUGACCAUAGCAUUAGAACCAGAAGCAGCAUCGAUGUACUGCAAACGAUUGCCAAUUGAGAUGUUAAAUGACAAUUUAAGAGUUCAGAAUGAAGGAUUUCAAUUCUUCAGUCAGGGCAAUCAGUACCUCGUCUUGGAUGCAGGAGGUGGAACAGUGGAUAUUACAGUUCAUGAAGUUUUGAGUGGUGACCGUAUUAAAGAGUUACACAAAGCCAGCGGAGGAGCCUGGGGAGGGACAUAUGUGGAUGAAAAUUUCUUUGAUAUUAUAAAAGAAGCUGUAGGAAAAGAAAAAUUUGAAUCAUUCAAAAAAGAGGACCUUGCCGGCUACAAUGACUUACGUAAAGAUUUAGAAGUAAAGAAACGAGAAAUUAACACUGAAAGCACCAAAAUUUCUUUUACAAUUCCUAAUCAGUUGGCUCAAGUGAUACCAAAGGAUUACAACCCUGAGAUAUUGGAAUGUAAAAAAGGAAAAUUGGAGUUAAAGGUGCCGGGCAUAAAGAAAUGGUUUUCUGAAAUAUGUGAUUCUAUUGUAAGCCAUGUGGAAGAGUUACUUGAAGAACAGAAAAAAAAGCAACGCAAUAUUGAAAGUAUCUUAAUGGUUGGGGGUUUUUCUGAAUCCUCCUUUCUGCAAGAAACAGUAAAAACAGCUUUUCCUAAUAAACAUAUUAUUGUUCCAAAUCAAGCUGGUUUGGCUGUUUUGAAAGGUGCAGUUUUGUUUGGACAUAAUCCUCAGAUAGUUGAUUCCAGGGUUGCCAAAGUAACUUAUGGUGUAAAUACACUAUCAAAAAUUCAAGAUGAAAGAGACGUUCCAGACAAAAGUCGUAUAAGAACUAUCAAUGGAGUAAAGUAUGAGAAAAAUGUUUUCAGCAAACAUGUCACAAAGGGUGAUGACUUGGUUAUAGGUCAGGCUCAAGAGGAAAAAACCUACUUCCCUAUAUACCCAGAUCAGAAAUCAGUUCAGUUCAGUGUAUUUUCUUCCCAAGAGGAAAACCCCAAGUAUGUAGAUGGCUGCAAGAGGUUGGGAAGUUUUGAUGUAAAAAUUCCAUACACCACAGAUGGCACUGAUCGAAAGGUAGUUGUUCGAUUUAUAUUUGGAGGAACAGAAAUCAAAUUUGAAUGUGAAGAUGCGAAUGGGGAAAUCACACCUUACACGUUUGAUUGGUCUGAAAAUGCAGAAGAAGAAUGUUUUGGCAUGGCAGUUGAAAGGGGUGAAAGUUGAUGAGAAAGCUAUUUUACUUUUAUUUUAAUAGUAAUCGAAACAAUUCACCAUGUUUCUGUCUAUGUCAACAAAAUCAUUUGUAUUUACAUGUACUACAUAAAAUUGAAGGGAAAGAGAAUAGAGAGAAAUUUAUCAGUUUCCCAUUUAACACACAGUUAAAAUUCUCAUCACAUCAAAAAAUUAGCUCACUUGGACCAUCACUCAGAAAAGCUUUAACACUAAUCUGAUGUAUGAUCAUGAUUGUAAUGAUUUUUGCUAUAAUAGUGGAUGCAUUUUAUUAUAGUUUACUUGGAAGGUGUACAAUUUAUAUAAUUUAGUUUCAUUAUAUUUUUGUUUAUAUUUUUAAACCUCGCGCAACAAAGUUGCGAGGGUUAUACAAUGUACCGGUAAGUGUUUUGAAUGGUUAGUCAGUCAGUCAAUCAAUCCAUCAGUCAAUCAGUUCGUCAGUCAUGUUUUUUCGUAAGCGCAACUCCUCUUGAAAUGCUGCUCGGAAUUUCAUGAUACUUCAUAGGCAUUUAGGACUAAAUGUGUAUUGGGUACGAUCGAGCAAAUUUCGACAGAGUUAUGGCCCUUAGACUAAGAAAAAUUUAAGUUAUUUGCAGUUUCCGCUCAUUUUCUUCGCAUAGGAUAAACAUAUUGAAAUGAAAUUUGGUAUACAGGUUUAUCUUUAUAAUAUCUAGGUCAAGUUCGAUAUUGGGUUCGAUCGAGCAAUUUUCGACAGAAUUAUGGCCCUUGGAGUUAGAAAAAUUCGAGUUAUUUGCAGUUUCCGCUCAUUUUCUUAGCAUAGGAUAAACAUAUUGAAAUGAAAUUAGGUAUACAUUUUUAUCAUGAUAAUAUCUAGGUCAAGAUUGAUAUUGGGUACGAUCGAGCAAUUUUCGACAGAGUUAUAGCCCUUGGACUUAAAAAAAUUUGAGUUAUUUGCAGUUUCCGCUCAUUUUCUUCGCAGAGGGUGCACAUAUUGAUAUGUAGUAAAUUUGGUAUGCAGGUUUAUCUAAAUAAUAUCUUGGUCAAGUUUGAUUUUGGGUAUGAUAGAGCAAUUUUCAACAGGGUUAUGCCCCUUGGACUUAGAAAAAUUCCAAAUAUUUGCAGUUUACGUUCAUUUUCUUUGUGGAUGUUUCCAAGGGAGGGGGGCAUACAUGUAAGUGUUUCACAAACAUCUCUUGUUCUGGAAAUUUCGGCCCUUUUGAAUUUGGAAUUUUGGCCCUAUGUUGAAUAUAGUAAUAAAUAGUUCGUAAGCACAACUUCUCUUUAACUGCUGCGUGGAAUUUAGUGGAACUUUGUAGGCAUUUACGACACAACAUGUAGAAGUGCAUAUUAACAGGAAAUUUAGAUUCUGUUAUUUAUCUGGAGAUUUGGCCCUUUUGAAAUUAGAAUGCUUUUAGUUGUUAAAGACAAAGGAAUAGAUGUGCAUUUUUGCGAGUUAUACCCUUAUCAAAUUAUUUUGUGUAUUCAAUGCAAACUUUGCUAUUCAUAAUGAUUGUGUAUCAUUGUCAAGUAAUUGGGGAGCGUUGGGUAUAUGUGCUUGCCCACUUUUUCUUUCAUUUUACUUGAAAAAUAUAAUAAAUUGUCAAUAAAGCAACAAAAUUCAAAAUUUUGUUGCUUUAUUGACAAUUUAUUAUAUUGGUGUUAUUACAUAUGUUAGCUACGGUAUCAAUGUACACAAAACCCAGCCAUCUGUAUUCUCUAUGACUCUGUUUCUUCAGUAGUUUUGUACUCUAUUAUACAGGUACAGGGACCGGUCUCUAAAGCUUGAUAAAACAACACUGUGCCUUAAAGUACUAUGCUUUUUUCAUUUUUUUAAUACAUUUCCUAUAUCUUACUAUGUUGUUGACUAUACUAUAUUGUUAUGGUUUCAUUGUCAUUGAUAUAUUGAACAACGUAAUAGUUUUUCAUUUGUUUGCAUAAGAAUGUCACACUGUAAAUAUUUGUUCAUGCAAGAUCCGAUCCACUUAUAAUGGUUUCUGAGUUUUGAGUGUUUCUCCUAUAAUAAUUUUAAUUCAUUUACCAAGAAAGAAUAAUUAUGUCUUGCAAAGUACAAAUCGUGAAUAAUAUCAAAUGAAAUCAUUUUUCACUUUGAUAUUGUACCUUUAAAGAGUUUGAUUGCAUUUUAUUGUCCCAUUGCCAUUGGCUUACAAUGCACGCAUUCCUUUGUAUGUGUUUAAAAUAAUGAAGACGACGUUUUGUUUUUGUUUUACAUUUUAUGUAUAUUUAGAAUCACACUUUUAAUCCAUAUUAUGUUCAUUGAAUUAAUCUUUUUAAAAUAUCACAAUAAAUAUGAUGAAAACCGGUA